GAUCAAAAGAUACGUGCUUGCUUCCCUUUCGUUGCCCCCUUUCGUCUUCCCUCACACAAUUCUUCACCAAACUCAGUUUUUAUCUCUCUUUCCCUCUUUUCAGCCGCGGGGGUGGUUGCUUGCUUCUUCUUUGUCGGAUCGAUUUGAUGGAGGCGGCGGGCAGUGUGGAUGUGCCGGAGGGGGGCCGGGCCACCGCGAUCGCGCUGGAUUUCUCGGUUGGGGAGCCUUCUUCGUCGACUCCGGUGAAGGUGCCGAGGAGGAUCCGGAAGAGGUUGCUCGAGUGCAGGAGCAGCCCACCUUCGAGCGUGGAGGAGAUCGAGGCGAAGCUCAAGGAAGCCGAACUCCGUAGGCGGCAAUUUCAUGAGUGGUUGUCAAGCAAAGCUAGGCCAAAACCAAGGAGUCCGUCUUGGUCAUCUCAAGAAGAAGAUCCCGGUCAGCGGCUAGAGGCAAAGCUUAAUGCAGCCGAGCAAAAAAGGUUGAACCUUUUAGCAAAUGCACAGAUGCGUUUAGCUCGGCUGGAUGAGCUAAGGCAAGCUGCUAAAUGUAGUGUAGAGAUGCGCUUUGAAAAGCAACGUGAAGAGUUGGGUUCUAGGGUCGAAUCCCGGGUGCAACAGGCUGAGGCAAAUCGGAUGCGACUUCUUAAAGCUCAUAUGCAAAAACGAGCUGUGAUCAAGGAGAGAAAAGCCAGAUCCUUGUUGCAGAGAACCGCACGAGAGAAUAAGUACAAAGAGUGCAUUCGUUCAGCUAUCUCCCAAAAGUGGUAUGCUGCUGAGAGGAAGCGGAUGAUGUUGCUGGAAGCAGAGAAGUCACGAGCACAAGCUAGAGUAAUGCAAGCUUGCAGGGUAGCCAAAUUUGUUUGGUGCCAAAGAGAAAGUGAGAGGAGAAAAAUGAAAGAGCAGCUGGAAAGUCGUCUCCAGAGGGCAAAACGACAGCGUGCAGAGCACUUAAGAUUGAGAAGUAAUGCACAUAAUGCUGCUGCUCGUGUAAAUUGGAUCAGACAUGGCGAUCUUCUUUCGAGAAAGUUAGCUUGGUUCUGGAGACAGUUUGUGAGAUGUAAAAGGACUACCUUUGCUUUAGCUGAAGAAUACAUUGCACUGGGUAUCAAUGAGAAUACUGUCAAGACUAUGCCUUUCGAGCAGCUCGCACAUCUUAUAGAAUCUGCCGCAACACUUCAGACUGUAAAAGCUUUGCUUGAUCGGUUUGAAAGCCGUUUCUUACUCUAUCAGCCAUCUAGUUCAUCUAAUCCUGAAAACAUAGAUCAUCUGCUUAAGCGCUUAUCAUCUCCAAGGAAAAGAACACCACCUGGUAAAAAGAGUAGAGUGGUGGAUAAUAAGUGCUCUGCUAAGAUUUCAAGUUCUGGAGCAGGUAAAUUGUCCAGGUAUCCAAUGAGGGCAGUUCUCUGCGCUUAUAUGAUUUUGGGGCAUCCAAAUGCUGUUUUCAGCGAACAUGGUGAGCGUGAAGUGGCACUUUCUAGGGCAGCUGCGGAUUUGACUCGAGAGUUCGAGUUGUUAAUCAAGGUCAUCUUGGAUGGCACUAAUAGUGUUCUUAUGUCGAAGCUUCCAUCACCAGAUGUUCUAUUACAUGAUUCAGAGAAUCACAAACAAUCUGCAACUCAAUCUCCUCCAGAAAAUACCUUUAGAAAGCAGCUGUUAAUUUUUGAUGCUGUGUGGCGUUCUUAUCUCUAUUGUUUUGUUGUUUGGAAAGUUAAAGAUGCUCGGCUGCUUGAAGAUGAUCUUGUCAGAGCGGCCUGCCAGCUUGAACUCUCAAUGAUGCAAACAUGCAAGCUGACUUCUGAAGGAGAGGCAAUUAAUCUAAGCCAUGACAUGAGGGCUAUUCAAAAACAGGUGGCUGAAGAUCAAAAACUUCUUAGAGAGAAAGUGGAGCAUUUGAGUGGAAAUGAAGGUCUUCUACGGAUGGAGUGUGCAUUGUCUGAGACGAGGUCUAGAUUCUUUGAAGCAAAGGAGAGUGGUACCCCUUUAGUUGGUCAUGUUGCUCAGCUUUCAUCACCAAAUGGCUCCAAUUCAUCAGUGAAAUCUGUGGUGGAUUCUGUCUCCAGGGAACAUUUUAUUGAGAAAAGGGGUUCCAAACAUGUUGCUCGUUCUUUGUUUGGACGCACCUCAUUGCAACCACUUCCAAGUACUCAUUCAAGUUCCACAACAGCUGGGCAGCUACCUUCUGACAAUGAGCUUCUUGUGAAUGAGAUUGUUCAUAAUGAUCAAAGUAGUUUUGCUGAUGAUCUGGAUGUCCAAAAUGCAAUUGGAAGCAGCAUCAAGUCAAAAGUUAAGGAGACCAUGGAGAAGGCAUUCUGGGAUGAGGUUAUGCAAUCUAUGAAGGAAGAUUCUCCUGACUAUGGUCGUAUCAUAGGACUUGUAAAAGAGGUGCGGGAUGAACUAAGUGAGAUGGCUCCUCUCAGCUGGAAGCAAGAGAUUCACGAAAGUAUAGAUAUUGAUAUUUUAUCCCAGGUGAUCGAGUUAGGAACUCGUGAUAGAGAUUAUCUUGGAAGGAUUUUGGAGUAUGCUCUACUUACAUUGCGGAAAUUGUCUGCUCCCGCAAAUGAGGAUGAUCUGAAAAAGUCUCAUGAGAAGUUAUUAAAAAAAUUGGCUUCAAUUGCUCAAUCUGAUUGUGAAAAAGAAAGCACUUUUACUAUUUCCAUGAUUAAGGGUCUUCGCUUUGUUCUGGACCAGAUCCAGGCUCUGAAAAAGGAAAUUAGCAAGGCACGUAUUCAGAUGAUAGAACCAAUCAUAAAGGGCUCUGCUGGUUUGGAAUACCUGCAGAAGGCAUUUGAUGAACGCUAUGGUCCACCCUCUGCUGCUGCUGACACACUCACUCUAACGAAACUGUGGCUAUCACCUUUGAAAAACAUUGCAGAUGAAGAAUGGAAUGAAUAUGUUGAUUCUCUCUCUCUAUUGGCUGAGAGUCAUGCUCUUCCUCCGAUUACUUCUCUUCGAACAGGUGGAAAAAUGCCUUUGGCGCAUAGGGAGCCUUCUGCUGAAGCACCAGUUGAUGGACAACCAGAAUGCACUGGUGAAAAACUUGAUGUAUUGUUGAGGCUUGGCUUGUUGAGGCUUGCAAGCAGCGUGGAAGGACUGAUUACCGAUACAGUACCUGAAACUCUGAAGCUGAAUGUGUUACGAUUGAGGUCUCUUCAGAGCCAACUUCAACAAAUUAUUGUCAUUUCCACAAGUAUCUUGGUACUCCGUCAAAUUGUCAUCAGUGAGAGUUUAGUACCCUCUUUAUCAGAACUGGAUACAAUAAUAUCCAACUCUGUAAAGAGUCUUUCCGAGCUUCUUGACAAUGUACCCGACAUCGGCAUUGAAGAAAUCAUUGAAACAAUAGCUAACUCAUUCCCAGAAGAAAAACUUUCAACCAGAAAGCAGCUGAUGGCGAGCAUACUAAAGAAGAGCUUAGACAAUGAAGACCCAGUGUUCAGAAAGGUAAACCGCUCCAUCUAUUUGGCGACCCGAGCUGUUCUGUUCGCCGGAACCGGACAUCGCGGGCGGAGACUGGCACAAGGGAUUCUGCAGAAGGUAGGAGCUGCUAUGUUAUUAGAUAGAGUGGUGAGAGCUGCAGAGGUAUUGAUUAUUAUGGCCAAAGUCUCCUUGCAAGUUCAUGGCUCAUGGUACCAAUUCUUGGUUUGAAUAGCAGAAGAAACUACAAUGAUAUUUGUACAUAGAAUGGAUGCUAAAUAGACAAUAAAGUUAGGCUGCUGUGCUGUAAAGGGUGCGGGACCUGUAAAGUUUGCAAGGGAAUUUACAGUAAUUGUGUCCGUUGAAUAUUUAAAUUUAGGUUCUAGAAAUCUAUUAUGUAGUUUUCUAUGUUAGCAGCUUUGUCAAAAUGCAAGCAAAUCUGUAUCUGUUGAUAAUGGUUAUGUUCUGUGCGUUAGUAUUUGUUAAAUCAAUAAACAAAUGUAAUAAUUGCUCCUUGACUAUGCUGCUUUUUUCCUUGCAUUACAAGAACAUAUAGCAAAUGGAUUUUCAGAA